UGGUGGACGCAGGAUAUUUAUUAAUGACGAAUGGAGUUGAUUCAUCUUUCCACUUCAUGCACAGCGGUGUUGAUUCAACCAACCGCCUGUUGCUCCCGCGAAUAUUUCUGGGGCCCUGUUGUGUGGGUUACUGGUGCAAAAACAAGGUCGACAGGUAUACAGAAUACACACACAAAGACUCAAAUGUGAUAUGGACAUUCAAAUUGCUACUGUACGUCAACAAUGUUGAAACAGCUAGUGUCAAGGUUCCUACAACUUAAGUGCAACUCAGAUGUGACAAUGAACAGGGAUGAUGAAAUCUGUUGGUACCAUGGAAAGAUAUCUAGGGAAGCAGCUGAACAGCUUCUGCUCCAAGAAGAUGAAGUGGAAGAUGGCUAUUUUUUGGUCCGCGAAAGCAACACAGCUGCAGGGGAUUAUGUGCUGUCAGUUCAGUAUCAAGGACAAAUAAUUCAUUACCAGAUAAGAAGACACAAUGAAGAUGCCUUUUUUUCCAUAGACGAACACACCAUAAUCCAUGGGCUUGAAACUCUCAUAGAGCAUUAUCAAGAAGCUUCACAUGGAUUACUGUGUAAGCUUACAAAAGUGUGUAAGAAGGAUCCACCACCUCAUGAUUCAAGGCGACAUGGAAGGAUGAAUCUUCUUCAUCGAGCCACAAAAGAAGGGAACUAUACAGUUGUAUCUGAACUUCUAAAAUGUGGCUAUCGCAGCCUAGAAGCCAAAAAUCAGGAUGGACAGACAGCUGUUCACCUGGCGAGCCGUAUGGGAAAAGAUGAAAUUCUCAAAAAACUCAUUGAAAGUGGUGCUAACAUAAAUUGUAGGGAUACUGCUGGAUACACUCCAUUGCAUUAUGCAUGUCAGAGCAACCUCCCAAAUACUGUUCGGAUCCUUGUACAGAUUGGUUAUGCAAAUGUACAGGUUCGGAAUACGGAAACAGGCUGGGUUCCUCUCCAUGAAGCAGCAAGCCGUGGUCACAAGGAAGUGGUUCAAGUCUUGCUUUCCCUUAAUGCACCUCUCAGACCGAGAACCUUAGCAAAUGACACUCCUGCUGAUCUAGCUAGAAGGAACAAUCAUAUUGAAUGUGCAAAGAUAUUGUUGAACUAUAAGUGUCCUUUGCCUAAGACACAAAAGAAAGAGUGGUACCAUGGCACAUUAGAUCGAAGUGAAGCAGUUGCUCUUUUGAAAGAGUAUGGUAACAAGGAUGGCACUUUCCUGGUACGAUACAGUGAUCGUAAUGGUGGAAUGUACGUUCUGACUACAGUUCAUGCUGGACAUCCAUAUCACUUUCAGAUUCAGAUAAAGGGAUCUUAUUGUUUCAUUGAUGAUGGCCCAUAUUUGGACUCUCUGGAACAUGUAAUAGAGCACUACAGCACUAUGUCAGAUGGUCUACCUACAACACUACAGAUUCCUGUUCCUCCAAAACCAAAACCGCCAGUACCUGAAAUGCCAGCAAAUUUUUUGGCACUGAAUGGGUCUGCCACUAUGCCAUGCCGGAAACUGUUGAAGAGGUCUCCAAACAGGAGUCACAAAGUAUCACCAGUGUCAAGUGCUGCAGCAUCACCUGUAAACAGUAGGCGCGGCUCUCUCAAUUCUGUGCUGCCCAGUUGCAAUGACAUACAGUCUCCUUCAAUUGAAACAAACCAUUGUCUUGAUUUGUUACACUUAAGAUCAAUGAAAGGUCCCGAGCCGCGGCAGCAAGAGCUAAUACCCAGAGAAUCUUUAAAACUGGGUGAAGUUCUUGGUGAAGGGGAAUUUGGUGCAGUCUACCAAGGAACGUUCAUGCACCCAGAUGGAACUGUGGAAAAAGUUGCUAUCAAGACUUUACAUCAGGAGCAUGUGGAAAAAAAUCGUGAUGAAUUUUUGCGUGAAGCGAGAGUAAUGAUGAAUCUAAACCAUCAUUGUGUUGUAAGACUUAUAGGAGUCUCCAUGGGGCCACCACUUCUGAUGGUUCAGGAAUUAGUUAAGUUACGUUCAAUGUUAGAAUUUUUGCGGAAUUUCCCUGAGAAAGUUAAUCCAAAUUAUGAGCUUAAAUUAUGGGCUUCCCAAAUUGCUUGUGGUAUGAAAUACCUGGAGGAACAACGAUUUGUCCAUAGAGAUUUAGCAGCAAGAAAUAUCCUUCUUGCUUCAAGACAUCAAGCAAAAAUUAGUGAUUUUGGCCUAUCAAGAGCUUUGGGAGGAGAUCAUGAAUAUUACACAGCAACGCAGGGAGGUAAAUGGCCAAUUAAAUGGUAUGCACCAGAAUCAUGCAAAUACGCAACGUUUUCACACGCUAGUGAUGUGUGGAGCUUUGGGGUGACCUUAUGGGAGAUGUUUUCCUUUGGAAUGCAGCCAUAUGGUGAAUUAAAAGGUACUGAGGUAAUAGAAUUGAUAGAAAGAGGAGAACGUCUUAGCCAGACACCGCAGUGUCCAGAUGAGGUCUACAAAAUCAUGAAACGGUGCUGGGAGUAUUUUCCCAAGGAUAGGCCCACAUUUAAUGAACUGCUAGAAAUAUUUUCCUCUGAUCCUGAAUAUAUAAAUAUCAAAGAACUUGUAAUGGAAGCAACAAUUGUGUAAAUACUUUAAAGUAAACACAUUAGUGCCAUUUGAGAUUCUUGCUGAUUUUGUAGAAACAUUUUGUAGUUUCUACAUAAUAUGGCAGAAGUGUCAUUAUUGAAAGGUAUUAUUUUUUUAAUUGUAUUUAUAUGUCUAUGAUUGCAGUAUAAGAAUGUCAGCUGGGAGAGGAAGACAAAAGUUAACUGUAGGACUUGUAAUUUAUUAUGUACUGAAACAUAGACUCUCAUAUAAUAUAGAAGUACCAUGGACCUCAUUGUGUUAAGUUCAGUAAUAUUGCUUCUGGCAGUAUACAUCAGACCACUUGAAAUGUUUUAUGGAAAAAUGUCAUAAUUUGUCUUCUCAUAUACUCCCAGUAAUUGAAACUAUUGCAUCAUUCACUGAAGAGCAUUUCUGUGAUAAAGUUUCUUAGCUUUAAUAAUGGUACAAUUUUAAAAUUGUACAUAUUGUAAAAUGUUAUUUACAUUUUAGAUAUACAGUAUAUUUUGGUAUUGUUGCUGCAGAGUCAGAAAUUUAUCCAUUUAUAUUUACAUAACCCGUAAAAAAUACAAAGAUAAAUAAUCAUUAUUGCAUUCCUGAACUGCAUGUGUGUGUGUGUGUGUGUGUGUGUGUGUGUGUGUGUGUGUGUAAAAGAGGGUGAACUCCAUGAAUCAUAAACUGAUGUGUCUUUCCAUAUGCCACCCUUUUAGUGUUCUAUCUUUUCGCUGAUUACUUUCACUGCUGAAAAAACAAAAACAAAAGAAAAAACUUUUCUUGCUCUUAUAAAUUGUUAUUCAAGCUUUUCCCUUAAAUUUUUCUAUUCAGUUUUAUCUUUUUCUCGUAAUGUGUGAAAUUAUCGGAGGCCAGUAAGCCAUUACAGUUUUACUUUUUAUGUGCUGAACUAUGUUUCAAUGAUGUACAGGUAAUGCAUGUUAUAGUGUCAGAGUGAGUCUUACAUCCUGAACCUCAUGGCUGUAAAUCAGCCACUUUUUUCACAUCUUUUCUCUGAAGUCUGCUGCUGCAUAUUUUGAAGAAUGAGAGAGAGAGAGAGAGAGAGAGAGAGAGAGAGAGAGAGAGAGAGAGAGUGGCAUUAGUAGAUAAAAGUUUUGAUCUGGGCAUUGAGGUGUGCUUGGAUGACUCAGGCAGAUUUUAAUCUGCCAUGGCUUUUUUAAUUAAUUUUUAUUGGAUUAAAAUAUAUCUUGUGUACUGUGAAAAAAAUCACAUUGCCAUAUUGUGCACGAUCAGUAAUAAAAAUGAUUGCAUUCCCACCAACUAUACAUACUAUUGUGUUUUUCUGCCCAGUGGCUGAAAAAAUAUCUUCCGUUAAGGCAUUGUAUUGUGCCAAUAUGUUUGUCUUUUUGUGACUGAAUGAGUGGAGGUGUAACAUUUUCUUAAGUUGUAGCUUGAUUCUUCUCCUUUGCUUUUUCAUUAGAGAUUUCAUUGGGAGUACCACCUUGUUACUGACAUUGUUAAUUAUCUGUUGGAAGCAAGAGAUAAAUUUUAACAUAUAAUUGAUAGCUUAUGAUGGUUUGUCUCACCUGCAAGAGUCCGUUUGUUUUUAAAUUUUUCCUUUGCCAAAAGUUGCAAUAUAUGAGCCAUUAAGAUGAGUAUUGUUAAUGUAGUGCAAGUAUUGCAGUAAUAAUUUCUUUUCCAGUAAUAAUAAUCAUUCUGCUUAGGCCAUUGCAACUUAAUUCGUGUGAUUUCUGUAUUGUUUUCAGUUAAUGAACUGAAUCAUUAAAACUGCAUGUUAAUUCUUUGCAGUAGCAAAUAAUUGUCAUUUUAUAAGUGUCAGUAUAAAUAUUUUUAUGCCCUUUAUAUUCAACAUGAAACCUUUCUUUCAUGAGGCAGUUUCACAUCUAAAGAUGUUAGUUUUUGUUUUAAUUUUGACUACAUAAUAAAGGGACACAGUAAUAGUCAGAAAGUAUUCUAAUAAUGGUCUGAUUCUCCAACAGUUAUGUGCAACUAUAUUAUAACUGCAGAAUUCUCUGCAUAACCUUUGAAUGAAUUAUUACAAUGGUACAGGACAACGUUUCAAUAUUUGUGUAAUUCCUUAAAUCAGAUUUAUAGUGAGCAUCACUCAUACUGCAUCAAAUGAUACGAGGCCUGUUCAGAAAGUAAGCUCCGAUUGAUUGCCAAAUUGAAACCACAGUGAACAUCAGAAAUGUUUUACUUGUAACAAUUAGCUACACCUUUCAGCUACUUCUCUACGUAGUCGCCGUUCUGACUUAGACGUUUGUCAUAGCGUGGUACCAACUUUUCAAUAGCCUCAUCAUAGAAGGCAGCCGCCAGUGCUUUCCGCCAAUUCUCCACGCUGGCCUACACCUCGUUGUCUGUGUCAAAAUGUUGUCUUCAAAGACAGCGGUUCAUGUGACCAGAGAUGAAACUCAGGGGGAGACAAUUGCGGACUGUAUUGUGGGUAAUCUCACAUUUCCAUUUGAAAACGAUGCAGGAGCAUCUUCAUUGCCCCUGCAGAAUGCGGCUGAAAAUUGUCUUGAAGAAGAAACAGCACGACAGUUAUGUAAUGUUAGCUGCAUAGCUUCAGGCGAAAUUUCUCACCAGACCCUCGUACUUGGCGGCAGACACUAUUUUCUAGACAUCUUUACGCACUCACUGCGAGCUCAGAAAUGAGAAGAGCGACGUGAUGCUAACUGGGGUUAUACUAGAGACACUACCCAACACAUCUGUGCAAAGCUUUAUCGGAUUUUCAUAGUCGUUUCCAUUUCGCGACCGAUCGGAGCUUACUUUCUGAACGCCCCUCGUAUGUAUCUGCAAUUUUAACGGCUUGUGGACAGACCUGUACUGUGCAAAUGAACCAAAAUACAGGGUGGGCCUACAUGUUUUCUUUUUGACAACUAUAGGACUUGCAGAUUUGUGGCUUGUGAUAAUGAAAGAAUAAAGCACUAAGUUUUUAUUACGACAUCAAUAAACUUCAACAAGUGCUCUGUUUGUUGCUCAAAGAAUGUCUAAUUGAUAUUUAUUUCACAACAUACAGCAUUUGACAACAUUCCUUACGUAACACCAGCAACAGCAUCUGUUAUCCUUCCACUUAAUGUAUCCAGUCAGGUACUUGUGUAGUGUAAACUUUGUCCUUUACAUAUCCCACAAAAAGAAAUCCAAAGGCAUUAUGUCUGGUGAUCUUGCAUGCCAGUCAAUGGGACCACAUACCCAAUACACCUUACCAGGAAAUGUUUCAUUAAGAAAAUUUGUAACAUGUAGUCUCCAAUGAGGUGGCGCAGCAUUGUGUUGGAACAUUACAUCAAGCUGUGAGUCUCUCAGUUGUGGUUCUGCAGGCUGUUCUAAAUAUCCAGACGGAUGUUAGCUGUGAAUGAUUUUUUGACAAAAAAAGAAAGGGCCAAUGACUGUUGUGCAUCACCACAUCUCUAAUGUGAUCUAAGGCAAUGUAUGGACUUUCCAAACCCCAUAUCCUCAAAUUGUGCAUGUUAACUUUACCUGGUAUAUGGAAAGUAGCCUCAUCUGUAAAACAAAUUCGUUAAAGAUAAACUGACAGUAUGUCUGUCACAAAAACUGAUCGACAUGUUCCACCACUUGAUUGUAACGCAAGUCGUAUCUGGACCUUAUAUGCAUGCAAAUGCAACCUGUUGGGUAGAAUUCUUCACACUAUGGUCCUAGGAAAUCCAAAUUCACAAGGUGUGUGCUGAGUACAUUUGGAAGGUCUUUGUAAGAAUGCCUGUUGCCUAGCUCUAACACUUUGUUCACUAGCAAAAUGCUGCCCUGUUCGUGGAAGAUCCAACAUCUAACACACUGCCACUCUGUUUAAAAUUCAUGCACCACACAACAAUACUCCUUAUAUCAGGCACUUUCCUUUUCUAGUGUCUUCAAAAUUUUUGCUGCGCAGUAAUUGGAAAUUUUGUCUCAUGAUACCAGAGAACACUGUGCUGCCGUCUCCUCGAGUGACGCAGUUUUACACUGACAGCAAUUAUAGUGCUCUCUACUCAGCUUCUACCUGCAACAAAGAUAUGCAAACAAACUUGAUGAUUUAUUCUUUCAUUUCUCACAAACCACAAAUUUGUAACUUCUAUAGUUUUUUUAAAUAAAUAUAAGACCCUUAAUAUAUAAAUACAAGACUUCAGACCCAACCUUUUAUUCCACGUUCCAGAAAUUAAAAUUAACAAUUACAGUACAAGACAUAAUUCCAGUGGUUUUUGGGGUGUUUUAAUAGUUGUGCAGCACUGCUCAGUGUUUUAUUACCGUGACCACUUUUCAAUUUGGAGUUUAGAUGAGUCAUCAGGAAAUGCAUUAUUUGUUUCUUGUACUAUUUUUUAUCAUUGUUGUAGAUUAUUUUAAAAAUCAUCUUUGCUAAAUGUGAACAGUAAUUUCAAUAUUUUCAUGGCUUUUAUUUGAUAUUAUAAAUUAAUAUCUCAGAAAUAUUGUGAAAGCCAAUAGUUUGUAUAAAUAAUGUUGCAUUUUUAAUGUUUUUACUCAUUUUUUAAAUCCAGUUUCAUUGUUAUAUAUUCAUAAUUCCUGUGAUUGCACUCUGUCUCAAAUUUGAAUUUUUGACUUCUUGUAUACUGCAGUUAUUCGACAAAUGGCAAAUUGCAUAUGUUAUUGUUAAAAUAUUUGUAAAUGUUAUUAUUUAUGACAAUAUAGCUUCCAAUUUUAAGAUUAAUUUGAAGUCAUUGAACAAAUUACUAUUGGAAGGAGUUUCACUACAACUAGUGAAAUUUUAUAUGAUUUAUUUGCAGGCCACAUUCCAACUGUAUUUAUGUGUGACCAUUCACUGUGAUGUCAUUGUAAUAAAUGGUUAAUAGUAAAUAAUGUUGUUUAUGGAAAAGCAAAU